CCGGGCCCCUCAGCGGACUCGACGCACGGCAGCGAUGGAGCCGGUCGGGCUCCUGUGAGGCCGCCGCCGGACCCAGCAUGGCCUCGGCGGGGAUCCCGGAGCAGCGGCUCCCCGGGGCGGAGCGGCCGGCGGCGGCGGCGGCGGGGGGCCGGGCGGAGGCGCCGCGGUGCCGCAGUCUGCCCGCGCUCGGCUCCCCCCUGGCGGCCGGGGGGGGCGGCGGCGGCGGCCGGCCGAGCCCCGCCGCGGGACCCGCUCCCGAGGCCGAGCGGGGCCGGGGCGCCGCCGCCGUCGCCGAGGCCGGCCGGCUCCCCGCCGCCGCCAGCGGCAGCGGGAGCUUCCCCUGGAAGACGGAGGGCAGCCAGCCUGCGGCGCCCGGCCGAGGGGUGUCCCUGGGCCCCCCGCUGCUGCUGCCGCCGCCGCCGCCGGCGCUGCUGCUGGCGGGCCCCCCGGGCAGAGCGUGCCUGCGGGCAGUGCUGGCGGACUCGCGCUUCUUCCUGGUGUGCAUGUGCUUCCUGACCUUCAUCCAGUCCCUCAUGGUCUCCGGCUACUUGAGCAGCGUCAUCACCACCAUCGAGCGGAGAUACAGCCUCAAGAGCUCGGAGUCGGGGCUGCUGGUCAGCUGCUUCGACAUUGGGAGCCUGGUGGUGGUGGUCUUCAUCAGCUACUUCGGGGGUCGCGGGCGGAGGCCGCUCUGGCUGGCCGUAGGGGGGCUUUUCAUCGCCCUGGGCGCUGCGCUCUUCUCCUUACCUCACUUCAUCUCUCCGCCGUACCAGAUCCAGGAGCUGAACUCCUCCGUCAGUAACGAGGGCUUGUGCGUGGCCGGCAAUGGCACUGCCAAGGAGCAGUGGGACUCGUCGGCCUGCGUCAAGGACACCGGUGGAAACGACCACUCUCUCUAUGUAGCUUUAUUCAUUUGUGCCCAAAUCCUCAUUGGCAUGGGCUCGACACCCAUCUAUACCUUGGGACCAACCUACUUAGAUGACAAUGUCAAGAAAGAAAACGCCUCACUUUACCUAGCCAUCAUGUAUGUAAUGGGAGCACUUGGACCUGCAGCUGGAUACUUAUUAGGAGGACUCCUUAUUGGUUUCUAUGUUGAUCCUAGGACAACUGUGUAUAUUGACCAGAGCGAUCCCCGAUUCAUUGGGAACUGGUGGAGUGGAUUUCUCCUUUGUGCCAUUGCUAUGCUCCUUGUGAUAUUUCCCAUGUUUACCUUUCCGAAAAAGCUCCCUCCUCGACAUAAAAAAAAGAAAAAGAAGAUGAAUUCUGAUGAUGUUUCAAGUGAUGAUGAUGUGAUGAAAGAGAAAACAAGUAGCAAAAGAGAAACAGACAGUUCAGUUUCUGCCUCUAUGGGAUUUGGAGAGAAUGUUAAAGAGCUUCCAAGAGCAGCUGUCAGGAUCUUAAGCAACAUGACAUUCCUUUUUGUGAGUUUGUCAUACACAGCUGAGAGUGCCAUUGUCACAGCUUUUAUUACCUUCAUUCCCAAGUUCAUCGAGUCACAGUUUGGCAUCCCAGCUUCCAAUGCCAGCAUCUACACUGGUGUGAUUAUUGUCCCAAGUGCUGGUGUUGGUAUUGUCCUAGGUGGCUACAUUAUAAAAAAGCUGAAACUUGGUGCAAGAGAGUCUGCAAAGUUGGCGAUGAUCUGCAGUGGCGUGUCUCUGCUGUGCUUUUCAACACUCUUCAUUGUUGGAUGUGAAAGCAUUAAUCUAGGGGGAAUAAAUAUACCUUACACAACUGGUCCCACUCUUGCCAUGGCCCACAGGAAUCUGACUGGAAGCUGUAAUGUUAACUGUGGAUGUAAGAUUAAUGAGUACGACCCUGUCUGUGGAUCAGAUGGAAUAACAUAUUUUAACCCUUGCCUAGCUGGCUGCAUGAGUAGUGGAAACCACAGCGCAGGGGUCAGGAAUUACACAGAAUGUGCCUGUGUGCAGAGCCGCCAGGUGAUCACUCCGCCCACGGUGGGCCAGCGCAGUCAGCUCCGGCUGGUGAUCGUCAAAACCUACCUGAACGAGAACGGCUACGCUGUGUCUGGGAAGUGUGACCGAACCUGCAACACACUCAUCCCAUUCCUCAUAUUCCUCUUCAUUGUAACCCUUAUAACAGCCUGUGCCCAGCCAUCAGCAGUCAUAGUGACGCUCAGGUCUGUGGAAGAUGGGGAGCGGCCCUUUGCGCUAGGAAUGCAGUUUGUUUUAUUAAGAACUCUUGCUUACAUUCCCACUCCAAUUUAUUUUGGGGCUGUUAUUGACACCACGUGCAUGCUUUGGCAGCAGGAUUGCGGCGUACAAGGAUCUUGUUGGGAAUACGAUGUCACCUCGUUUCGUUUUGUCUACUUCGGGUUGGCAGCUGCUCUCAAGUUUGUGGGAUUCUUUUUUAUUUUCCUGGCCUGGUAUUCCCUAAAGUGUAAAGAAGAACAACUGCUGAGACAGAGUUGGAGGGCUUCACCGGUGAACACUGUGAGUGAGAUGGUUGGACAAGCUGGAUCCCAACAAAACUAUGCACGGACUAGAUCCUGCCCUACCUUCAGUUCCCAAGGAGACAUGAGUGUGGCACAAGGAAUGAACUGCUUAGCACAGACCUACCCCGGCCCUUUUUCAGAAGCAAUAAAUUCCUCAAGUGAAAAUGCAUUGGAAGAAGUCACUGUUGAGAUAUAGACCCCUGGCUUGGUAAUGUAAUAUUUAGUUUUGUUGGUUGACUUAGUUACGGCGCCUUGUAAAACACCUGUGCCUUCUAUUUUUAAUCUAAAUGUAACAUGUGAUAAAACCAACAAAGCUUGAUGCAAACAACCAUAAUAUGUUCCUGAGGGCUGGAUACCUCAAACCAACCCGAGUUCUUAUUUCUCUCCUCCCGACAAUGGAGUUUUAAAAAUUGUGUUUGUAAUUAUUUCAGAUGUGUCCAUGAAAUGUCCAUGCUCUGAUCUAAUAUCAUUGUAAAGUUGAGGUGUUACGAACAGCAGAAGUCAGUGGAAGAGUGACAAAAACUCACAUCGUUGAUGUCUAGACUCACAAAAAUGCUUAAAUGUAUUGUCAACUUCGUAUCUGCAAAUUGUAUUUUUAAGAGAUGAGUAAUUACUGUGAGUUCUGCUACAAAGCACAACUGAACUUAUUUAAACUAUGCAACUUAUUUGGAUAAUUGUAUGUGCAGCAAAUUAAGUUUAAAGCUUGCUUUUAAAGACAUUACUGCAACUGAAUUUGAAAGGGGCUAUUUUCAGGCGUAAUCAUUAAAUUAAAACAUAACAUUUAAAGUACUGUUAAUAACAUGUCAAGCCAUACAAGAGUUAUGCAUCAGGUAAUGUUUGCAAAUGUUGAGUUGUAACAUCUUUAUCCUGUCAAAAUGUGCAUUAAUUUUCACCUGAUGGGAUGUAGUCAUUCUUCACAAAGUAUAUAGGGUACUGUAAUGCUUGAAGUACAAAACUUCAGUAUUGGUUUAUAGUAACAUUAACAUGUAAACUUUCAUUAUAGUAACAUCAACAUGGAAUUGUACACGCAUACCAGAGCAGAUAUGUGCAUAUUUCUGCAAUGUUAUUUGGGUGGGUGUUACUAGCACCAAAUCCUGGAGAAGAAAACAGCUGGGUGUAGUGUGAUAGGAAGUUUGGCUGUCCUUCAGAAUUGCAUGCCAGUCUAGUUCAGCUUCAGUGGGAAAGUCCCCAGGGAGGGCUGGUGGCCUCCUCUGGUGUCUGGGUCAGUGGCAGCAGAGCUGAGGCUGCAGGAGGGAGCAGAGGAGCCCUCAGGGGCUGCCAGCAGCCUGCCCACCGUGGUGCCGCUCCUGGCACUGCGAGGCACUGAGCACCCUGGCACCCCGGGCAGCUGGCAAGGAAGGCUGGCUCACACCCUCUGCUUCUGCCUCUGCAGCUGCCCGGUGCUGGACGGGCUGGUGGGACAGCUCCUGCUUGUGUGGUGUGUCCCACACGUCUGCCUUUCCUUUUCUCAGCUUCACUGAAAGCUCCUGUGAAGGCAAAGGGUGAGUUGUCUCUCCUUUGGCCCUCCGGGUGAAGAGCUAAGAAUAGAAAUUAUCAGCAAGUGUGGACUCAUAGGGUGUGAUGUGGCCUUUGUUUAUUCCAAAUUACUCCAGUGUGUUCUCUCCCUGGGAGAUGCUGAAACUUUCUGAUCAAAUGUGCUUGGCAUUUCAUUUCUUGCUCUGGAGGCUUUGCUCGUGAGGAACUAAUGAUGUCUCAAAGGGCAGAAAAUUAUGUCAGUUGGACACUGGGAAGUCAAGGCUGUGUUGUGCCCUGCAGGGGAAGUCUUAGAAGUGUAGGAAAUGAAAAAGCAGUCUUUUCAGAGGACUCAGUGAUAGUCUGGUUUGCAUUUUGCUGAAUAGAGAACUUGUGUGAAAAUAAAUAGGAAAGAGCAAAGCUUCUGCAUAUUUUUGAACAGUUAUUCCUGAUUUAAUCUUUCAAUUUAGAACAUGUAUAUUGAUCAAACAUUAUAUAGAACCAAGUCCUUGAAAAUAGAGGCAGUACUCUCCUUGGCAUCCAUUGAGUUGUCCUGGGAAGAGUAGAUUUCCCUCUCUGCCUUUGCCAGCUGCCUUUUGUCAUCAUCUGGAUCUUCUUGACCAGCACAUGAGACUACCCAUGGGCUGCUUAUUUCAGAAUGUGUCAGUCCGUUUAUGUAGUUUGUAACAAUUCUUACUCUUCCUGUCUGAAAACUCCAAUUCUUCUACCCCAAAUAUAGAGGAAUAUUGUUUUGACUUCUUCCUACUAUUCUGUCCAUAUUAACAGCCUUUUUUGGGUUAAGCCUGAGAAUGUCUUUUCCUUUUAUGCAGCCACUGGAUACAACAUGUCCUCAGUUAGUACCCACUUCCUGAGAUAAUUGGCUUCUACACUUCUUGUCCUGAGAAAUAAGUUUCCUUGGCUCCAAGGUGUUUGGUAUAUGUAUAUAUAUAUAUAUAUAUAUAUAUGUAUAUAUAUUUGCUAUAUGAGAUCAGAAUAGAUGAUAAAAAUGUUUUCUUUUGCUUCAGUCUCAAAUGCUUGUUGCACCAAGAAUUUUAUACCAUGGCGAAAAUUGGCAAAGUAGUAUGACAAAGUGUAAUUGCAGCCCAGCCCCCAUCCAUUUUUAUCACUUCCCCAUUGUAAUCAUCACAGGGAGAAGUGAAGAGUGACAAUCUUUUCAAAUACCUCAGGAACAGAGCGUUUAGGGAAUUGUAAAAGACUGAAGAUUAAUCAUCUGUCCUGAUCUCUUGUAUUUCAUGCCUGUGUGCUUCAGUUCCAUACAAAAACCAAGGAAGAACAGAUUACGAUUGUCAGGAACUAAUGGCACUGAUGCCAAAGAAUGAGAGUGAUAAAAGUGACACUUCUGCAGCUGCUGCUGUUUCUGAGCUUUCAGGGGAUUUCAGAGCUUGUUGCAAUGGAAACCAUCUGUUUUUUAGGAUAUCCUGACCCUUCAGCUUCCAAGAACAUUCAUAUUUCCUAAAUGGUUGAAAAAGAGGAAUGUAGAAAAAAAGAUGUUAACUUUGGAAAUACUGAAAAAGCCUUCUUUACAUACUUUCAAUUUUAAUUGGAAAAUACAUUUUAAUUUUUCUUCAAGUAUUACAUGCAAAACAAAAUGUAAUUCCUUGCUUUUCAAACAAUUUUUUUCCUGGUUUUGGAUAAAGAUAAUUUUGUCAAUACAAAUAAAUUUCUAUAAAAUCAAUUUAGUCAGCAUCCUCUGAAAGAAAGAAAACCCAGACUCUGGCCAGUUUUUGAUUGAGUAAUCUGUAACAGUGUAAACUAAGCCAAUAAGGGUAUGCAGGGGAAGCACAUUCCCUUCCUAGAAAUGUUAAUUCCAGCAUUACCAUUGACUGGUGUGUGGACUGAGACCUGCUGACCAGGCCCUGUGUUCUGAGGCUGUCACUGCUGGAGGAAGCAGCAUCUCCAGGCACUGAGUGCACCCCUGCAGUGUUGUGUUGGACACGUGGUGCUGAACCAACUUCACAGAGCUAAAACACAACUUUGCUUGUCAUCUGGUGAAGGGGCCAUGCUGGCUUCCUACUGUGAGAUCCUCUCCCCACACAACAUAAAAUUCCAUCAGGUUGCAAUUUCUGCCACUUUCCCUCUCUGUUGCUGAACAGUGAAUCCGAGGAAAGGUGGAGCAGGUGUCCUGCUGCUCACCCACAGGCUGCUGUUGGAAGCAAACCCAGCUCACCUGCCUGCAGCUUACCAGCCGUUGAUAAUAUGGAGCAACAUCUGGUGAUGGCCAAAGUGCCACCAUGCCCUCAUAGGGACAGACCAAAUCUCUCUUCCACCACUUUGUCCUGAUUUAGGGUGAGGAACAUGAGAGGAGGAGUACCCAAAUACAUGGACUUGAGUGAGCAGGUUAAUUGUCCCUGCUUAGCUUCCCAUUCACUCUUGCUUCCUCAAAAAGGAGAAAACUUGAGACUGGAUGCAGCCAUGGCCUUAGGUGCUCAUGAAUGCAGCACCCUCAGGAGAUAAUUUGUAGAUCUUUGCAGGGCUGGAGUAAUCUGGAGAGUGGGACUGUCCAUGUUCCAGUUUUAGUCAAAAGCCCCCUGGUUUUGGUUUCCCUUCUUCUCCUUGAGCAUACUGGAUAAAAUACGGUAUAAUUUGGAGCCAAUGACAUUUUAUAGCCUUUCAGUACAGUGUGAGCAGCUGCAAGAACCUUUGAAUAUUAUGAUGCAAUUUGUAUUUAUUCAGAAACUUUCAGUUCUUUGGCCUGUCUAUAUAUCUUUAAAAGUAUAUAUAGUAACAUGCAGUUCUUCAGAACUUACUGUUACAUAAGUGGAGGCACAAGUCUCCUACUAAAUACUAGAAAUAUACAUUUGAAAGGUCCUAAAUUAAUAUAUGGGUUUUUUAGUAUUGCUUAUAAUUUGUAGUAUUAGCUACAAAUUCAUUAUGGCUCUGAUCCAGCAGAACAUUUAAUAUGUGGGUAAAUUUAUAUAUUUAAGUAAUGCACUUGAAAAUAGAGCACAGUUGUAAGUAUUGGACUGAAUCCUGUCUGCAUUCAAAAAGAAAUUCAUUUAUCCAAAGAAUAUUUCUCUGCUGAGCAUUUCCCCCAUGGAUUCAGUGAUAGCUGUAACCAGAAUAGCACAAAGUAGCACUUGAGCACUCUCCUGUGGCAUUCAGGUGUGGCUGCUUACAUAUCCAGCAAUGGAGGAAGGCUGUCAUUUUCAAAUAGAAUUCAAAUUCAAAAUAUUUUGUGGGAAUGGUCUAAGAUUCAUUCUCACUCUUCCUGCCAUUCACUUAUUUAUGAAUUUCUGCCUGAAAACCUGUGUGUUACAUGGGGAGAUAAAUUAAAUAAAGGCAUCCUUCUGACCUUAGAGCCAAUGAAAUUGCUCAGGUAAUGCUGUAGACUCAAACUGAGCCCUUUCACAGAAUUUGGAGCUAGAGGUUCAGAUGACAAAUUGUCAUUAUCCCGCACAAACGGAGGAGCAGAGCGCUCCCUGCUCAGAGGAGCUUCAGAGAGCAUGUUUGGGACAGGGGUGAGCACCUUCCACCUUCUGCACUGUUCUUGCAGGUUUUCCCCCCAAAAUGCCUGAAUAAUUGCUGCCUUACUACACUUUGCUGUGCAUGUGAUACCACAGCUCUUCAUGGUGUUCUAUUGACAUAAAACUGAUGAUAAAUAGGUCCAAAGUGUCUUACUGCUAUUUUGGAGCCAGAUUCUUGGUCUCACCACUCCAAUGUUGAGGCUGAAGAUCUAGGCCAUACCUUGUGUUGGAAGUUAACAAGCUGGUGCUUUAGCAAGUGUGUGUGAACUAGGGAAUAUCAAGCUUGUUUAGCUUUUAUACUCUAUUCACUGGUUAUUACUGCUAUUUUUGGAGAUCAAAGACAAAAGCUUCCUAAACAAGUUCAUCUUUUUCUGUUUUCUCAGUAAUGUGUCUUUUGCAAUGGCUUAGGAGAUGCCAUGCUGCAUUCUUCAGAAUCUGGGCUCCCCCAGCUGAAGCCAUCCAGCUGUGCUUGCUUUCCAGGGCUUAAAGCAGCUGGUAACAGAGAUUUACCAGGACUGCAACCUGCAUUGUCAUUGCUUUGGACAGAGUGUUUGCUACUUAUAGGUUACACCUGUAAUCAGCACAUUUCAGGUUCUUCACAUACUGGACUUGGUUUUGGGGCGUUUUCAUCCCUUCAGAGUACUUACAAAAUGGACAGUCGACAUCAUGGUGGUAGAUUUAUUAUUUUGUAGGGAAUUAGGGCUUUCUUUUUUUUUUUUUCUUUUAAGAUGUUGUUUGACAAAUAACAAUUCAAAAAGAUUGCAUGUAAACAUUGUCACAGAGUAGAGAUGUGGGGCCUGCAGUGUGAGGACAGGAUAUGGCUGGGUUCAUGGGGUUUGUCUCCUUUACACUGCAUAUCACUAAUACAUGUUACCGUGUGGCCAAAGGUUUGGAAGCCUCCCUGAUUCUCAGGAAGGACAUUUUUCCUAUAUUUUCCUCAUAAUUUAUUGCAGAAAUUAAGGAGGAAGGUUAACACUACCCAUAUCCCAUAGCCAUAUUCGUUGCAAUAAACUGCAGUCAAUAACUGCAGUUAAUAAUUUUAGGAGUCACUCCUCCAGUCCUUCAGCUCAGCUAUCUUUUUUGUUAAUACAGCCUGUUAAACACAGAUGUAGCUCUGCAAUUUCAAACUAUCUCCAAAGUUUUCUUGACUUCAAGUGUUACAGAAUAGAUGCUUAUUUAUCCAGGUUCUGUUCUACUUUUCUAAUUAUUGCAUUAUCCAUUGUGUGUAUUGUAUUUUUUUUUUUCCCAAUCUCAAACCUGUUGUCACAAUGUUAUCCUGUAACAGUGUUUUGUUCAUUAUAUAGAGUAGGUGAGAUGCUGUGGAAUUCAUGAAGGGCUACAAAAAGCAUCCAAAAUGUUGUUCACCUUGAGGAAGGGUGAGACAGCUUAAUAAUCUCUGGACAAAAGACUAAACAACACUGUGGUGCUAAAUAGGUACUGAAGUAUUUUAUGAUGUAUUCACUAUGACUUAAAUGACAUACUCAAGGCAUGUCCAUGAUGCAACUGUGUGUGUUUUGUUCCUAAAGUCUGGACUGCUCCAACAAAGACAGUGUUUGUAAUUCCUGGUGGGCCAAUUCCUGCCUAGCUCUUCUGUGGGUAAGCAGUUUCAGGAGUCUGUGUAGGAUUUGGCCAAGCAUCAUUAGGUAAAGUAAAAGCUACAGAGAGCACAGAAGCCUCAUGUAGAAUGUAUUCAGCCUGCUGUAGCAUGUUACUUUAUUUAGUUGCUUUGCUUAAGCAGGGGCUAAAAAUAAAUUCUGUAGUAAUGAUAAGAAACACUGGGCUAAAUUCUGGAACCACUUACCCGAGCAAUAUUAGCAAGUGUUUGAAUUAAAACAAGGAUUGAAAUCUGAAAAAUGAAUGUUCUUUCAUGGAAUACCAGAAAGAGAGGGGUAGAAUAAGAGCAAAUUCUAUCUGUAGGAAUGGAAAAAGGCCAAAUCUGGUUGACUUGAAAGUGAGCUAUGAUUUACAAAAUGGGGGUUUGGUUUUAAAAUCUUGAAGACAAAAUUUCCAUUUUGAAUUCUGAACCAUAAUUUUUUUGUCUUACUGUGCCUGAGCUGCUCAUGCAGGGCAGGUGUCUGUAUUCCAAAUAGCACUGAAAGCACUAAUAGCACUAAUCACACUUCUGACCGACAGGCCAGAAAAUUUGCCUCUGUAGCAAACUCCAUAUUUGAAAACCUGGAGGGAAAUUUCCAAACAAAACAAACAAAUAUGUACAAAAUGACCCAAAGCUGAGUUUUAGUAAAAAAAAGAAGAAAAUUUUGUGUCAGUGAGAUACACAUUGAGUGGAGGCUUUUCUGAAGGAAGAGCUGCUCUUUUCACCAGCCGAGCACACGGGAGCUUGGCCCCUGGCUGCAGUGCAUACCUCUACCAAAUGAUUUGUGCAGAACAGCAACAGUCUGGGGAGUAUUGUAGGAGCAUGGAGUGGGCACACUGCCUGUAACUGUUUAGUUUUUAAAAAACUCAUUAUUAAGCAAAUGUGUAGAGUAUUAAGGAAAUUUGUAGAGUAUGUCUGAUGGUAUGAGUGUGUGGGUGCUGUGCUGUGGUAAAAAGAGAAUUGGUUUAUGCUGGGUAUUUUUGCAUACUUUAGGCUCCUGUAUGUUUGGUUUUUUUUUUUUAAAUUUAUAUUUAUUUCUCAUCAGAGCUUAGAGUAAUUUUAAAGUUAUAUAACCCAUGAUUUAAUGAAACCUACUGUCAGCAUCUGUUGUAAACAUGUGUUUACAAAACAAACUCUUGAAUACUUGAUACUUGGAAAUAAAAAAUAGCAUAUCAUGUGUGUUG